AUGCUCGACUCCUUUGAAAUAAUAACCUCCUCUGGGGUGGUCCUUUGGUCACGAUCAUAUGCUCCAGUGGGAGUCCAUGUUAUCAACAGCUUGAUCAACGAUGUGUUCAUUGAGGAGAAAUUCCAGCAAGAGGCCGGUUCGGGUGCUGUUGCGCCAAGGUACAGGAAGGAGAAAUAUACGUUGAAGUGGAAACGGGCAAAGGAUCUGGGUUUAAUCUUCGUGGCUGUUUAUCAGUCUCUUCUUCAUUUAACCUGGAUUGACGAAUUGCUCGAGAAUAUCAAAACUAUCUUUGUGGAAAUUUACAACGAGCAGCUUAAGAAACCAAAUUCUAGAAUUAUCGAAUACCGAUUUGACAAGUACUUUGAUCAGCAAGUAAAAGAGUUGGAAUCUGCUGCUGGAAAAGCAGUUGAGGGCUCGUCUUCUUUGUUGAUUGAGGAGAAGAAGGAUACCCUUGUUGAGGCGGAUAACGGAGGCCCGCCUCCACCUCCAAUCCCUGGUCUUCUCCCUGCGCAGCGCCAUGCUGCGCGGGCCGUGGCGAACUCGAAUGAGAGUUCACCUUCCCAAACUCCAGAGACAUCGAGGCCGGCCACACCGAACCAUAUCAUUACUGCGAAAGCUGGUCCAGGCGGUCGGACUUCACGACGCGCACGAAAAGCUGCAAAUUCAAGUGCAAAUGUUUCGUCAGGCGAAGAUACAAUUAAGAAAGCAAAGAAUGCGAAGUGGGCAGUGAAGAAAAUGCGCAAAUGGGACUCGGAGGGCUUUGCGGACGAAGACAAUGGCGAAAUCCUGGAUUAUUCCGCUUCCAAUGUAAACGGUUCAGAAUCAGAGGAAGUAGCUGGCCCUCCAGUAGAGGCAGUCGAUCAGAAUUCGUGGGGGACGAAGACUAAAAAGGGCCAAUUUGUGUUGAAGGAUCUAGGUGAUGAAGUCCACUCCAUUCUUCAAGAUGCAGAUGCCGUUAAGGACAGGGCUAGUAUGUCCAACGGUGUUGUGGGCUCUAGUUUGGGUGCUAUUAGUGGCCUUUUCCGAAAUAUUGUUGGUGGAAAAGUCUUGACCAAGGCAGACUUAGACAAACCCCUCAAGGCCAUGGAGGAACACUUAUUGAAAAAAAAUGUUGCCCGUGAAGCGGCUGUUCGUUUAUGUGAUGGUGUUGAACAGGAGCUUAUUGGGAAAAAGACCGGAAGCUUUCAGAGCAUUGACGCCGCUCUUCGAGCCGCAAUGGAAUCGUCGCUCCGGAAAAUCCUCACGCCCACGUCCUCAUUGGAUCUUCUCCGGGAGAUCGAAGCUGUCACAUCACCAUCGAAUUCGCAAAAACAGCGCCGCCCAUAUGUCAUUUCUAUUGUUGGAGUAAACGGUGUUGGAAAAUCCACCAAUCUAAGCAAAAUCUGCUUUUUCUUACUCCAGAAUAACUACCGUGUCCUUAUCGCGGCUUGCGACACCUUCCGCUCCGGUGCAGUCGAACAGCUUCGCGUGCAUGCGCGCAACCUUAAAGAAUUAAGCGCUCGGGAGAACGUUGGACAAGUGGAGUUAUAUGAAAAGGGUUACGGUAAGGAUGCAGCCAAUGUAGCCAAAGACGCGGUGGCCUACGCUGCUGUGAAUAACUUUGACGUUGUCCUUAUCGACACAGCUGGCCGCCGACACAACGAUCAGCGCCUCAUGUCUUCCUUGGAAAAAUUUGCGAAGUUUGCGCAACCGGAUAAAAUAUUCAUGGUGGGCGAGGCUCUUGUUGGUACUGACAGUGUCAUGCAAGCUCGAAACUUCAACCAAGCUUUUGGUACCGGGAGAAAACUUGAUGGAUUUAUCAUGAGCAAAUGUGACACGGUAGGGGACAUGGUUGGUGCGCUUGUCAGUAUGGUGCAUGCCACUGGAAUCCCAAUUGUUUUUCUCGGUAUUGGGCAACACUAUGGUGAUUUAAGGGGCCUGAGCGUUCCUUGGGCAGUGGGGCUUCUGAUGAAAUAA